AUGUCGGGUCAAGGCUCCCAACAUGGGAGCUGGCACUCCGACUCGGACGACAUCUCGGUGUCACACUCUUCCGGGUCAUCGGCUUCACAGCCUGCGAGCACCUCUUCGAUCAGAACAACAACGACACAAUACAAACCGGUGGAUUUCUCCAAGCUCACUGGCGGCUCAAAGAGGACCUCCAAGGUCGUCGAGCUCGAAGGAGAAGGCUCGAACUGGUCUACUUCCGGUCCACCCAGGUCUUCGUCUUCGUCACACGGACCUAAGCAUGACUUGACAUGGCCUACUGUCAAGGAAAUGCUCUUCGGAAAAAAGAAGGAGAAGUCCCGAAGCUCUCACAAGAAGAAGAACUCCUCUGGUCCGGAGAUCCGUAUUGCUGCCGACAGACGUGAUUCAUUUGAGGAGGUCGUCCCUCCUGUCAUCGGUAAGGGCAAAGCACCGGCCCACCGCGACUCAUUCAAUAUGAAUCCACCAUCGGCGUCGAGCGGGGGCAGCGCGGGAUCCCAAGUCCCUUACCGCACAGAGAUCCGCACCCCAUCGUGGGCGAGAAGUGCUCAAGAACAGGCGGCCUCUAUACUCGAGGAUGCCCGGUUGCGCUACGAAGAGUCCCGCCGCGCAUACCAAGGUGCUGGGAGAGAAGCACCUCUCGAACUCCAACAGCAUCUUUACAAUAACUAUGUCAGAGACCGUGCAACCUAUACGUCCCUCCAGCGCGGCAACGCUGCUCCUCGACCUGGCAGCAGUGCUCUCGGACAUAGCAUUCCUCCUCAAAGGGAACGCCAGACCAGUGCCUACCAUGGCAUCCCAGGCUCUGCCUACCGCAACAACGCAGCUCCGACUGGAGGCUCACGUCGCCCUCCUCCCUUUGCCUACACCGCACCCACAGGCUCACCCAGCCUCCACCAAGGCGGUGUCGAACCACGCUUCACGCCCAACUACGACGACGCCUCUUAUCCCGCCGGACCGCAACAUCGAGACAACACUCCCAACUCUGCCUCCAGCGGUGCAAGCGUGCCACCACGCACGACAGGCUACAGCUAUAACUUCCCCACCGGCACCAACCAAACCAAUAUCCGCGCUCCUGUACCACCAUCUCCAACCACCCACAUCACCGACCCGGUGCCCAGCCCGCGCCGCCAGGACGGCCGCUACGGCCACACCUUCGUCCCCAACGAGAACACCCGCGAGGACCUCCGCCCGCCCUCCGCCCCUUCCUCCGCAGGAGAUCGCGGCGCCUCCCCUCCCUCCACCACUCCUCCCUCCACCACUCCUUACUCCCAGGGCGCCCCCGUGCCACCUCCGGCCCCGACCGAACCCCGGCGCCCACGCCAACGUUCCCCUCCGCACGCCCGCGUCGAGAGCGUCGCCCCGUCGCAGUCCAGCGAGCGACAGCCUCCCGGCCAGGGACGCGCACGACGCGGCGCCUCGCCCUCGCCGCUCCUCGAGUCGAUCGGGGAGUCGUCGUCGUCGUCGGUGGUCGCGCCGGAGUCGGACGACGAAAGAUUCGCGCGCUUGUUGCGAGAGCAGCAGGUGAGGAGGCAGAGGGAGAGGGACGAGUAG